GGCACCUCUUGGAUCGUCUCUGCCGCCGAGUUCUCGUCCUCCUCCCGGCUGGGCCGCCCCUCCGCGCGGCCCCCUGCGGCUCCUGGCACGGCCCCGCGCUCUGCUGCCGCCCUGGCGCGCGCCUCCCUGUCGUCCCCGGACGGGCGCGGACCACCUCGGCCCGCGCGCCGGCGGCUGGGCAGGGGGCGCUGGCCCCGGGGCCGCGCGUGCGCCGUCACCAACCUGGGGCUGUCGGUGGACGGCGAGUGCUGGCUCCGAGGGGACGCGACGCCCUACGGGGCCAACGGGCCGCGCUCCGCAGCUGCCGGCUCGACUCAUCCCUUUUCGGGCCCUGGGGCGGGGCUGGGGUCGGUGUCGGGGCUGGUGGGGGCCCCGCCCCCGUCCCCGGGCCUGCCCCCCUCGUGGGCCGCGAUGAUGGCGUCCCUGUACCCGAGCACCGACCUCUCGGGCGCCUCCUCCUGCUCCCUGCCUUCCUCCCCAUCUUCCUCUUCGUCGCCCAACGAGGUGAUGGCGCUGAAGGAUGUGCGGGAGGUGAAGGAGGAGAACACCCUGAAUGAGAAGCUUUUCUUGCUGGCGUGCGACAAGGGUGACUAUUAUAUGGUUAAAAAGAUUUUGGAGGAAAACAGUUCAGGUGACUUGAACAUAAAUUGCGUAGAUGUGCUUGGGAGAAAUGCUGUUACCAUAACUAUUGAAAAUGAAAACUUGGAUAUACUGCAGCUUCUUUUGGACUACGGUUGUCAGUCCGCAGAUGCACUUUUGGUGGCAAUCGACUCUGAAGUAGUUGGAGCUGUUGAUAUACUACUUAAUCAUCGACCAAAACGAUCAUCAAGACCAACUAUAGUAAAACUAAUGGAGCGAAUUCAGAAUCCUGAGUAUUCAACAACUAUGGAUGUUGCACCUGUCAUUUUAGCUGCUCAUCGUAACAACUAUGAAAUUCUUACAAUGCUACUAAAGCAGGAUGUAUCUCUGCCCAAGCCCCAUGCUGUCGGCUGUGAAUGUACAUUGUGUUCUGCAAAAAACAAAAAGGACAGCCUCCGACAUUCCAGGUUUCGUCUUGAUAUAUAUCGAUGUUUGGCAAGUCCAGCUCUAAUAAUGUUAACAGAAGAGGACCCAAUUCUGAGAGCAUUUGAACUUAGUGCUGAUUUAAAAGAACUAAGCCUUGUAGAGGUGGAAUUCAGGAAUGAUUAUGAGGAACUAGCCCGGCAGUGUAAAAUGUUUGCUAAAGAUUUGCUUGCACAAGCCCGAAAUUCACGUGAAUUGGAAGUUAUUCUAAAUCAUACAUCUAGUGAUGAGCCUCUUGACAAACGGGGAUUACUAGAAGAAAGAAUGAAUUUGAGUCGUCUAAAGCUUGCUAUCAAAUAUAAUCAAAAGGAGUUUGUCUCCCAGUCGAACUGCCAGCAGUUUCUGAACACUGUUUGGUUUGGACAGAUGUCAGGUUACCGACGAAAGCCUACCUGUAAGAAGAUAAUGACUGUUUUGACAGUUGGCAUCUUCUGGCCAGUUUUGUCACUGUGUUAUUUGAUAGCUCCCAAGUCUCAGUUUGGCAGAAUCAUUCACACACCAUUUAUGAAAUUUAUUAUUCAUGGAGCAUCUUAUUUCACAUUUCUACUAUUAUUAAACCUAUAUUCGCUUGUCUACAAUGAAGAUAAGAAAAACACAAUGGGCCCAGCUCUAGAAAGAAUAGAUUAUCUUCUCAUACUGUGGAUUAUUGGUAUGAUUUGGUCAGACAUUAAAAGACUCUGGUAUGAGGGGUUGGAAGACUUUUUAGAAGAAUCUCGUAAUCAACUCAGUUUUGUCAUGAAUUCACUUUAUUUGGCCACCUUUGCACUUAAAGUGGUUGCUCACAACAAGUUUCAUGAUUUUGCUGAUCGGAAGGACUGGGAUGCAUUCCAUCCUACACUGGUGGCAGAAGGCCUUUUUGCAUUUGCAAAUGUUCUGAGUUAUCUUCGUCUCUUUUUCAUGUAUACAACAAGUUCUAUUUUGGGUCCAUUACAGAUUUCAAUGGGACAGAUGUUACAAGAUUUUGGAAAAUUUCUUGGAAUGUUCCUCCUUGUUCUGUUUUCUUUCACGAUUGGACUGACACAAUUAUAUGAUAAAGGCUAUACUCCCAAAGAACAGAAGGACUGUGUAGGAAUCUUUUGUGAAGAGCAAAGUAAUGAUACUUUCCAUUCGUUCAUUGGCACUUGCUUUGCUUUGUUUUGGUAUAUUUUUUCCUUAGCACAUGUGGCAAUCUUUGUCACAAGGUUUAGCUAUGGAGAAGAAUUGCAGUCCUUUGUUGGAGCCGUUAUUGUUGGUACAUACAAUGUCGUGGUUGUGAUAGUGCUUACCAAGCUGCUGGUGGCAAUGCUUCACAAAAGCUUUCAGUUGAUAGCAAAUCAUGAAGACAAAGAAUGGAAGUUUGCUCGAGCAAAGUUGUGGCUUAGCUACUUUGAUGACAAAUGUACAUUACCCCCACCUUUCAAUAUCAUUCCUUCACCAAAGACUAUCUGCUAUAUGAUUAGUAGCCUCAGUAAAUGGAUUUGCUCUCAUACAUCUAAGGGCAAAGUUAAACGGCAAAACAGUUUAAAGGAAUGGAGAAAUCUGAAACAAAAGAGAGAUGAAAACUACCAAAAAGUGAUGUGCUGCUUAGUACAUCGUUACUUAACUUCCAUGAGACAAAAGAUGCAAAGUACAGACCAGGCAACUGUAGAAAAUCUGAAUGAGCUACGGCAAGAUCUCUCAAAAUUCCGAAAUGAAAUUAGGGAUUUGCUUGGCUUUAGGACUUCUAAGUAUGCUAUGUUUUACCCACGAAAUUGAUAUUUUUCUAAAUCAUGUAGAGAAUAAUUUUCAACAAUAUAUAUGAGACUGUAUUUGCAUAACCUGGAAUUAUACUAAAAGAUAUAUAGUGAAAUAACUAUGUAAAAGCCAUUCUUUAAAUUGUUUAUAGCAUAAUAUAUGUUAUGUAAAAAUGGUGUAUAUAGAAUUAGUUUUUUAAAACCUCUGUAGAUGACUUUUUGCAGGGGAAAAACAGAUUUAAGUAGACUUUGUUUGCAUGUUACUUGGUUUUCGUAUUUGAACAAUAUUUUCACAUUUUCUGUGAUUAGAAGACCAGUUUUAGGGGUGGACAUUGCCAGAAGGAUAUGUAAAAUGAAGAUCAACUAAUAUGAGCUGAUCUUCUUCCAUAAAAUAAACUUGAAAUUUAGAAGUUGUCAUUAAAAAAAAUCUAUUUUAGGAGUUUAAAUAUAGCUUAGUGUUUAUUGUUUAGGAAUAUAGUUUUAUCAAAAAUAAUAGUCUAUUUUUUCUUUUAUUUUGUUAUUAAGUAACAAAGGAAAACCCCUAAUGAAUAUUUUAUUUAUAUGUCUGUAUAGAUCUGAAUUCAUUUCAGUCUUCGUUAUUGUAACAUAUUUACUUUUACAUGGUUGUGAUCACUUUUUUUAAUAGUUUUUUUAUAUAUACAUUUCCAUGUAUUGAGAUAUAUAGUUCACAUAUUUAAAUUUUAUACAAUGAUAUAGUUUUGGAAAAUAUAGUUAGUAUGUAUCUUUAGCAUAUUUGAUGAUAAGUUUGUGUAGUUCUCUAAGACUGCAUUUAGUGGUGUUUUGAUUUUUCUUUAUAGUAAUAGUAUCAUCUUUUUUCAAGUUGGCAUCAGUGUUCAUGGUUUUAUAGCUAACCCAAAAUAUGGAUUCAAAGAUUCUUCUUUAACAUGUUUGGCCACAGCCUAUUUUUGGUUUUGUGAGCAUUAGAGGACUCUUUAAUGCAAGGCUCUAUUUUAUAUUUGGUCUGAGGUUCUGGAGCUUAACUUCCAAAGUCUUUUCUACAGAAUUCAGCAUAGCUUCUAUAAAAACGACUUCAUGCUUACUUGUAAAUUAUUCUUGCUGCUUAAGAUACAUAGCAUUGGUUUUUUUUUUCUUAACUGGAGAAUAAAAUGUGUAUUUUCCCCUGUGUUCAUGUAAGCAUUUCCAGUUAAGGGGCUAUUAGAUAUAUAAUUAUCUUCUUAACUGAAUGUCAGAUGGUCUUAAGGCCACAGGGUGCAGGUAGCCCUUGGUCUAUAAGUACCACCAACCCAGGGAUCAGUUUCCAAUGUUAGUGUUGUGUUUUAUGUUAGUUUUAUAUUGGGCUUUUUUUUUCUUUUAUUUUUCCCAUUUUUUUAAUCUUAUAAUUUCCAAAUUAUAAGUGUCCCCUCUUUGGGGAAGAUUCUUAUAAAAAUGUUUAUUGUAAAGUUAUAUAUUUUGUCUAUGAUGGGGUUAUGCAUCCCCAGUUGGGAUUUUACAACAGAGUUUUUAGUCAUUCUAAAAAAUACCUUAUUAUAAAAUCAAAAUAUUUAUAGAGUGCCUAUGUGUGCAUGAGUAACUUCAGAGGUAUAUUUGGAAUGACAGCAUAGUAUAAGAACAAAGGUUAAUAAAAACUUAUUAUAGAUUAUAAA